UGUAAGUCCAGGUAAUUACAGAUCAAUCCAUCGAACGACAUAGCAAUCAAACCUAAUCACCGUCAAAAAGAAGCACCACCAAAAUGUCAAACCCAAGCAAGAACGAACUUAACAAGAUGGCCCAGCAGGCCGAGGCGGACCUCAACACGUACGAGGCCAAGGUGGGACACGACUUCCGGACCGGCGCCGGCUUCGACGCGGGCGUUAACACCAAGGCGGAGAACAAGUUCCCCAGCGCCGAGGUGCGGUACGGCGAGGACCUGACCACCGAGGCCGCGAGGGGACGCCAGGGCGACCCGGACGCUGCGGACAAGGACGCGCAAAAGGCCAGGAGCAAAGGCAAGCUCGGCGCCGACAACGCGGCGGAGGCGAGGGAGGGAGACAACGAUCCCCUGAAGCAGGGCCUGGAAGCGUCGCGCAACAAUGUCGGCCCGAACCCGCCCGGUCCUGGCGGUAGCCAGUUCAGCGGGACGAGUCCCAACGACCCUAGGGAUGUACCGGGCAGGCUGGACGCUGAGGGCUUGGCGCCGCCGAGCAGCGUGACUGAGGUGUCGGGAGAGGCGGCAAAGUCUCGCAGGUGAGAUCCUGGGAUUUGAUUCACAGGGUUGUAUGUAUUAUAUGUUUAAUGACAGCAAAUGGACUGAAACGGAUUUGCAUCGUUUCCUGGGAAGUCGGAACAGUGUUUGUGGUGACUGGUGAGCAGAAACGUCUGUACUCAUGAUGCUUGCCAUACACAACUCUUUGCAAG